CCUCGCUCGCCACCCUUCACCUCCACAGAUCCCCGACGCAACCCUCGCGUCGCCAACCCAAAUCCCCAUCCCCCCACGACCCCACCCCGAUCCGGCGUUCCGCCGCCGCCAUGUCCCGCUCGGAGCGGCGCCUCGCCUCCGCCGUGGUGCGUCUCCCCGGCCGCUCCAGGGUCUCCGCCUCCCCAUCCCCUCGCCGCCGCUCCGCGUCCCCCUCCCCGCGCCGUGACCGCCGCCGCGACCGCUCCCCCAGCCCGUACCGGGACCGGCGCCGCGACCGCUCCCCCGGCCCGAACCGCGACCGGCGCCGUGACGACCGCUCCCCCAUCCCCUACCGCGAUCGCCGACGCCAGUGGUCGCCGUACCACAACGACCGCGGCCGGGACCGCGACCGGGUUCCCCCCGUCCGCGGCGGCGGGGGCGCCUGGUCCGCCUCCGACGACGACAACGACACGGAACUCCAGGGCCUCAGCUACUUUGAGUACCGCCGCAUCAAGCGCCAGAAGCUCCGCAGGAGCAAGAAGCGGUGCAUCUGGAACAUUACGCCCAGCCCGCCUCGUGCCGAGGGCGACGAGGAGAACUACGGUUACAGCGACGUGGAGGAGGAGAAGAAGGAAUCCCCGAAGAAGAAGGGCUCGCCGGAGGCAAGCGAGGAGGACAGCAAGGAUGCCUCGGGGUCCGAGUCUGGUGAGUCUGAUAGCCUAUCCGAGUCCAGCGAAUCUGAGGGUUCUAUGAGGAAGCGGAAAGGGAGAAAGAGCAGUCGCCGUAGCAAGCGGAGUCGGCGCCGCCAUCGCCGUCGCUCAUACAAUUCUGAGAGUGACGAGGAAAGCGAGAGCAACGAUGAUUCGGAGGGCUCGUUUGAUUCUGAGGACUCUAGGGAUAGGAGGAGCAAGAAGAGGUCACGGAGGCACAAGAAAUCUAGGAGGGGUAGGAGCUCCAGGAGGAAGAAGAAGAGCCAGGAUACAGCAUCUGAGCAAAGCUCCGAGGAGGCGGAGCAUUCUGACCAUAGCCCCAUGGACAGUAGCAAAAAGAGUAAGAGCUCAAAGAGGAAGAGGAGCAAGCGGUCAGACUCUGAAGAAUCAUUACCUUCUGAUGCUAAUCCUGAUGUUAAGGAAGAUGAAGAAAUAAAGGAGCCAGAAAUUGAUCCGGAAGCAAUCAAGUUCAAAGAAAUGCUUGAGGCCCAGAAGAAAGCUGCCUUGGAGAAUGAUAUGCCUGUUGGGCCAAUGCCUCUUCCACGUGCAGAAGGGCACAUUAGCUAUGGUGGUGCACUAAGGCCUGGUGAAGGUGAUGCUAUCGCACAGUAUGUUCAGCAAGGCAAGCGUAUUCCACGACGUGGUGAGGUCGGUCUGUCUGCAGAGGAGAUUCAGAAGUUUGAGGAUUUGGGGUAUGUGAUGAGUGGAAGUAGACACCAGAGGAUGAAUGCUAUCCGUAUCAGGAAGGAAAACCAAGUUUACAGUGCUGAGGAUAAGAGGGCGCUGGCUAUGUUUAACUACGAGGAGAAGGCGAAGCGGGAACAUAAGGUUAUGGCUGACUUGCAGCGCUUGGUGCAGAGAACCAUUGGCAAUGAUGUGGGGCCUUCACAUGAUCCGUUUGCUACUACUGAUAGCUGAGUAAUGAUUUCCCUAUCUUCUACAAUGAAAUUGUUCGCCUGUGUUGUUAGGCAUGCUUUACCUGUUUGUGAUUCCUUGCCUACAUUGUAAGUAGUGAUGAAAUAGUCACUUCCCUAGCUAUGCUGCAGAACUCUUAUGCGGAUAUUACUCAUGGAACCUUAGUAAGAAAAGAGCUUAUUGUUAGCUUGUAUUGGCUCUGUUUUGUUAUAUGGUUACUAUCCUUCCAUGUGCUUAUGUUUUGUAUUAUUAUGGUUUCAAGCUGUUUUGUUUGUAA